AAGUGUUGUUCAUAGGUUUACGAAGUUCAAUAAAGAUGAUGCUAUGUGCCUCCUAUCGCAAAUGGUAUUAACAGUUUGAUUUCAUUGCAAAAAUGAGUGUCUUAAUCUGUUUCAUACGACGAGUUGGUGGACCAUUUUUCGCGAUCCAAACAAGACACUUCAGCUCAAAGCUCAGUGAGGCUGAAUCAUGGAGUUUGACCGCAGGAAAACGAAGUCCAAGAAUCAAGUUAGCUAUCUCACUAAAGGAAAGAAAAUACAGAGAAAAACAUGACAAAAUUCUCCUGGAGGGAUGGAGGCUAAUCAAAGAUGCACUACUUGCCAAAGCCGACACUGUAAACAUAUUCUUCUCAAAUAAAACACUUCUUGAAAGGCUUCCAUUAGAGACUGAUAAAAGACUAUUUAUACCAGUUGAUUCAAAUGUAAUGCAGAGGCUGUCAUCAACAGUGACUCCACCUGGUAUAGUGGGUGUGUUCAAAAGACCUCCGCAGGGGGGUAGUGCUAAUAGGCCAUCUAUAGAUCCUCAAUAUCAGAAGCAACAUCUGCCAUUGACUAUCAUUUGUGAUGGAGUCAAGGAUCCUUCCAAUCUAGGAACUUUAAUUCGAGUAUCUGCGGCGGCAGGCUGUAGAUCUUUGAUAACAACGAAAGGAUCAAUGGACGUUUGGGAUCCUAAAGUGUUACGAUGUGCUGCUGGUGGACAUUUUCACCUUCCUAUAUUKUACUCGUUGACCUGGCAAUCCAUUUUGAACCAAAUUGAUAAAAAUACGAGGGUAUUUAUGGCCGAUAGCAGUGUGGAAACUUCCGAAGGAGACACGAGCAAGGCACACUACGAGGUGGACUGGACACUAAGCCUCAGUGCUCUAUUAAUUGGAGGAGAAACUACGGGGCUUAGUAACGAGGCUCGUAGAUUAAUACGAGAACGAACUGGCCAGCCAAUCAGAAUCCCAAUGGUUGGAGGUGUAGAUAGUCUUAGUGCGGGUGUUGCGGCUAGUGUUAUAGUUUACGAGGUAUACAGACAGAAACGCCACGAGAACAUGAAUAAAAAAUAAUUGAUUCCUUCUGUUUAA